AGCGUUCAACAAGUAAACAUUCAAAUGAUUCAACUGAUAAUUUCCGCGGAAUUCAUGAAUAUUUCGAGGUUUUUUAUUACUUCAAUUAACGUAAUGUGAAUAAUUAGAGGGUUGUGCCGAUAAUUAAUCAACUAUUAUGUGCACCACUUAAUUACUUCGAAAGCACACUCGUUAAGAAAAUGUGCCACCGAACGCGAUUUGGUUCAGAAACAUUGAAAUAACUCGAUUCUGUGUCCGUGUUUCUAGCAUAAAUUCAUCCUCAAAAUGAUGUGCAACCAGUUCCGCCAAAAUUUCUACACUUUGAUUGGAAUUCUUCUCGGAUUAUUUUUCGGUUCCAUUCUUAUUCCGAUUCUUGAAAAUGGAUGUUUUCGCGUUGACUUCUCCUACAAUAGUAACGCAUUUGACAAUCAGUUGCUAUCUGAAGAGUACGUACCGAAGAUAAAUUUAGCUGGAAAACCAGUUAAAGCUCAGAAAAAUCCUCAAAAGUUACUACGACCGAGAUAUUUCUCAACCGAAUUGGGUAUUCGUAAGAAGCUUUUUGUUGCUGUAUUAACUACUCAACAAACCAUUAAUACCAAAGGGAUCGUUGUCAAUAAGACCACGUCUCAUCUGGUCGACAAACUAACAUUUUUCAUCGAUGCGCCAGGUACGCAGAAAUUGAACGUUUCGUAUUUGAAACUUCCUGGAAUAGUGGGCUUUAUCGAUACCAGAGUAAUUCUCAAGCCGUUUCACGUUUUGAAGUAUAUAAAAGACAAUUAUAUCGAAAAUUAUGAUUUCUUUUUCAUCGUAAAUGAUAGCGCUUACAUAAAAGCGAGAAAGCUCAAUGAAUUAGUUCAAAAAAUCAGCAUUAGUCGAGACGUAUACGCUAGCACCAAGAUACCAGAUUCAUUAUUUUGUUCUUUAGAUGCUGGCAUCUUGUUCAGUAAUUCAGUGAUUCAGAGGAUGGUGAGAAAUAUCGACUGGUGUGUUAAAAACGUAUUUUCUUCAUCCGACGACGAUAAUUUUGGACGUUGUGCUCUUCACUCAUCCAAUAUCCCGUGUCAAGAAAUGGUACAAGGAAAUAAGUUCGAGAGCUACCAUUUAACAAACGAGGAGAAACUAGAUUCAGACGCUAUUUCUCAGAUGUUAGAUUCUGUUACGGUGUAUCCUAUCAAAAAUGUGAAAACAUUUUAUACUCUUCAUGCAUAUUUCUCAAAAAUCGAACUUGAAAGAACCAACGCCGAAAUUGCAUCCAUACGCAAGUCUAUAGUAAGCAUGUCUGAAUUUACGCCUGAUGGAUCCUCCUCUGUUACUUGGCCAAUCGGCAAUCAACCGGGUAAUAAACCGAUAACUAGAUUCGACGUACUGCGUUGGGAUUAUUUCAAUGAAUCGCACAUAUAUCUAAGCACCGACUUUGAUAUAAUCAGAUUUUUAAAUGACGCCGAAAAGAAAGAUAUACAGCUUCUCAUCAAAUCGUGCAUUGAUAUGAUUAGUGCAAAAUACAGCGGGAUUUAUCAAUAUCAUUCGUUAGUAAAUGGUUAUCGUAAAUUUGAUCCUUCUCGAGGUAUGGAUUACAAGCUCGAUAUCGCUUUUCGAGACACCACGAAUGAUAAAAUAAUUCAGAAAAGAUUAGAAGUGUGCAAACCUCUGGGAAAAAUUGAAAUAUUGCCAGUACCGUAUGUUACGGAGAAUCGUAGAAUAAACAUCUUGCUGCCUGUUCGUGUAAACGAUAAAUCAAACGUUAAUAAAUUCUUGCAACAAUAUAAAACUGUAUGUUUGGAAAAAAAAGAGAAAACUUUUCUUAUGCUGGUACUAAUUUACGAGUACAACGUUCCUGGUAAAGGAACAAAAGACGAUAUAUUUCAAGAUUUCAAGAACCAAGCAGUAUCGCUUACUAAAACUUAUCAAAGAGAUGAUAAUCGAGUUGCUUGGGUUUCAAUCAAGCUUCCAUCUUCUGAAAAUCGGGCUAUGGAAGAAGCUCUGCUGUAUUUUGCUGUAGUAGACAUAGCGAUGAGAAAGUUCAACUCUGAUUCGUUGAUACUCAUUGGUAGUCCUGAGAUGGAAAUUCGAAUAGAAUACUUGAACAGAGUUCGAAUGAAUACCAUUCAAGGAUGGCAAAUUUUCAGUCCUAUUCCUUUUUCUGAAUAUAAUCCUACGAUUACGAAGAUACCGGCUCAACAGUACAUGGAUAUAAAUAAACGACAAGGUCGUUUCGAUAUUCAUAAUACGCAGCAUAUCUCAUUUUACGUAAAAGAUUAUAUCACGACUCGUAAAAAAAUAGAAAACUUGAUUCCGGUGAUAAAAUCUGAUUCGGAUAUUCGUGUUUUACGAUCAAACCUAAUCGAUCGUAAUAAUUUUACUGGCCUAGCUUUACACACCAUUUACAGUAUGUUCGUUAGAUUCGGCGACGUUCACGUAAUCAGGGGUGUUGAACCGGCUUUAAGAUUGAAAUAUCGUGAAAUCGAUUGUCAUCUGUACGAAGCGAAUACAGAUACUGUUGUGAGCGCUGUGCAUACAAAUUGUCAAACCAAACGUAAUUUUAAUUUAGGAUCUCGAAGUCAACUUUCUAAACUUAUUUUAGAAUACCAAGAUAAUGCACACCCUAAUUUUACUCUUCGAUGAGUGUGAUUUUUAAUUUAUUUAUUUUGUUUCUUGUCAUGACCUAAGACAGACUAUCAACAAGUACACACAGGGUGUAAUUUUAUGGUACCUACUUAAGAUUGGGGCAACUAAUGGUGCUUUUUUAAAAUCAUUUUAUAUUUUAUUAUGUUUUUUAUUUGUUAUGAUGGAGGGAAUCACUGUAAUCUCAAUAUCGAAAAUGUAUACGAUUUUUGGGUAAGUUAACUUAUUGUGAUAAUUAUCAUUUCAUGUGUCUUCAUUUUGUAUUUUUUUUUUUUUUUGUAAAAUUUAUUGUAGUACCUAUACCUACAUAAUAUAAAGACUUGACUCUUUA